AAGAAAAAAAAAAAAAAAAAAAAAAAAAAAAAAAGACACGGACUGUACUGAUCGUUUUGCUGUUAACGCAAAGCCCGGCAAAGAAAAAUCUCUUUGAAGACAAAGAGAAUAAAGAUGCCUUCAGCAGCGGUUGGCAACAAUGCUGUCCAGUGUGCCAUUCCAGACUUGGGAAAUGGAAGUCAUUCUGAGACCAUGAAGCAGUUUCUUGGUGUUAUCGACAAAAAGGUCCGGAAUAUGGAAAAGAAAAAGUCCAAACUGGAUGACUAUCAGGCCAGAAAGAAUAAGGGAGAAAGACUGAAUCAGGAUCAGCUGGAAGCCUUGUCGAAGUAUCAAGAGAUCAUCAAUAACCUUGAUUUUGCUCGGGAACUGCAGAAGAGCUUCCUGGCUUUGGGCCAAGAG